AUGAAGUAUUUAAAAAAACUCUGGGUGAAUCAGCGUAAGCUCAGAAACUGCUCAAUAAUUUGCGGUGUUAUGGGUGUAUUGCUAGUUGUUGCAGGCUGUGUUGUACCCAUAGCAAUUAAUGCAAUUAUCUAAAAGCAGGUAGCAUCAUAAAUAACUAUGACUGAUAGCAAUUAGGGAAUGUGGGCUGACAUUCCAGGUGAUACCAAGGCAUUCAUUGUGAGAAAUUUCACCUUCUUUGAAUUCAAAAAUCCUUUCGAGUUUUUGUUCAAGUAGCAAACUCCAGUUGUUUAAGAGUCGAAAGUCUAUUCCUAUUAAGAAAGCGCAUAAUUUGUAAAUUUGGAGUUCCUUGAUAACGGCGAAAAAGUCAAAUACAAUUUCUACAGGCACUUUAAUAAUUUAUAUGAUACUAAAAAUGAUGAACAAAUAACUACAUUAAAUUUGGGAGCAUACGGUGCAUGGAAUAUUAUGAAAAACACAAAUUUAACAAACUUAAAUCUAAAUGGUCUUUAUAGUCUUUUCAAUUCUAUGAACACAACAAUUCUUCCAACAAUCAUCAAUUUAGCCCUCUCAAGUUUUAUCUAUGAUAUUAAGGAUAUGGAUGCUGUUUCUACUUAAGCAAAGUAAUUUUGUACAGCUGGUGGUAUUGACCCUAAUGGUAGCUUAUGUCUGAAGUUAUGGAGCGAUCCUGUUUAUGGAUGGAAAGAAAACACUACUAGAAUUCAUUGGGUUAUAGCUUAGAAUAAUACUUAUCCCAGUAGCAACAAUGAAAAAUUCAUGUUGUAGGAUUAUUUCAAGUUAAAUUUCUACUAGUUUAAUGGUGUUUUACAGUAAUUUUAAGCCAUUUGCUCAACUUAUUAAUCAGUCAUAGAAGCUUACUACUCUGCGAUGGAACUAAUGGGUCUUGAAACAGACUCAUUUUCUCUGGCUGCAACACAAUGGGUCUAGUCAUACGUAAGUUUGCAUCCUUAAGGAAAUUUAAGUGCCUUCGACUCUCUUACCUAGCUUAACAAGACACUUUUUUACAUGCCUGAAAUAAAAAAUUACAGAGACACUGUUUUCCUCUAGUAAUAUCCUCAUUUGUAUAACGAAUACUUCAACGUUUCAUUGCCUUUUGAUUGGGCUCGUAAAGUGAUUUAUUAUACUGAUUUUGCUUAAACUGGCACAUUCACUAAAAAGAAGUACAGUAUGCUAAAUUUAGGUAACUUAGAAUACCUUUGGAUUAAUGGCUUGAAUUAUGACAAUUCCUCAGACACUUAAUAUUUAAAAAACAUUGCCAACAGAUUUGAAAUCCCAGAAGAUUAAUCAGAUUUAUCGGUCCUUGGCAUCCCUAAAAGAACAUUCUUAUUUUGGAAUUAUAUUAAAUACUUUGCAUACAAUUUUACUAUGGCAGGAGCUUAAGGAGGUAAUUCUGGUCAAGCAGCCAUCGGCUAAUUUGCUUCUAAUUCACUCCAAGCUAGUUUCUAAGAAAUGAAAAAUAGAAUGCCAGUGAAGAUUAAAGCAUCAAUCCUGCAAAAGAGUAUUUCAAGUGAAACUUACAAUACCUGUUUAGAUUUCUUCCAAAAUGGAUUAUUUUAUGAAGACCAAUAAGAUUUGCUAAUUCUCACCCCUGAACAAGCUCAAGUAAUGUGUGAUUAGCCUUAGUUCUAAAACUGGAAAGAUCCAAAAACUUUCGAAAAUAUAAUCGACUAUUAUAUGGCUUUCAGAGAUUUGGUUGGACCUCAACUUGAUAUGGUUGCAGAUUUUGAAGAUAGUACCAAGUUUUCCAAUUAAAUAUCAACUAGCAUUUUCUUACGUUCCACAAUAAACUAAUUAGUUGAAAGCACAGAAAAUUACUUGUUUACAACAUUUAACUGUUAGAGCUAAGAACAGUAAUUUUAGAGAUGUAGUAAUAUGGAACUUGCAUUAAAAUAAUGGUCAUCUAGUGAAAUCACUAAAAAUAUUGAUGAAACUAUUUAAGACUUAUACAAAAAAAGUGAUUCCUACUUCUUUUGGGCAAACAACAAAAAUGAAAUCUAUGCUCCAUUUGAAUACUUCUAUUUCGCAAAGAAUGUUUUGAAUCUUGAUAACACUUAAAUUUAAUAAUUUACUAAUGAUGAACUUCUUAAAUUGCUUAACUAUGAUAAUCUGUUCAGUUUGACAAUUAUUCCUUUAGCUUUUAGAAUGCAUUUAAAUGGUGAUAGCUAAGGUAUCAAGAAUCAAUUUUUCUUUGACGACAGUCUAUAAUUAGUUAACUAUAUCAGAUAUAUCAUGAUGGAAAUAAGUCUUUAUUCAGCAGUUUAAACUAGAGAGCUAAAAGACUUAUUAUUUGGUUAUACUGAUCCUUUUGUCUACUCCUAGAAUACAAAGGAUCCAUAAUAAGGAGGUAACCCUGCUUUAAAUUACACUGUAAUGCUUAACGAUCCUAAUAUGACUUCACCCUAAGCUACUUUAGAUUAUGAAAUCAUGUACACAGGCAAAGGUAAUAUUGAUAACACAAGACAAUACUACAGUCUAAAUGGAUCAUAGUAUGUUAACUAUUAUUACACUUGGUUUGACGGAGAAGAAGUUAGAGAUGUGCUUGCCUCUCCUUGGGAAGAAAAUGUUUUAAUUUAAGGUUCUGACUCAGUUUAAAAUCCUCCAAACUUAGACUAAGACAGUAAAAUUAAUGUCUUCGUUACUACAUUCUACCGUGGUGGUUCUGCAGUAACAAAUGGAGAAACUCAUGACCAUGGCGGUUUAUCUUGUUACAGAUUCUAGAAUGAACAAAGCUUUUACGAAUCUGGCUAAGAAUAUCCUCCUAACAAUGUUUAUGACUCCUAUGUUUAUUAUGGUUUAUAAAAUAUGACAAGAGUUAAAAUGGCUCCAGUAUUUAUAACAAAUAGACACUUAUACAAUUCUGAUAGCAGACUCAUAAAUACAGUUACUAUGCUUGAUGUUUCAGGUAAUCCAGUUACAGCAAACCCAGAAUCAGAUGGAUUAUUUAUGGAUGUGGAACCUUAUAGUGGCUUGACACUUGCAGCAGCUCUUAAUGCUCAAGCAAAUAUUUUAGUUGAACCUGAUGAUUUAUUUAAUAUUACAUAACCUACCUUACUUCCAGUGUUUAACACUUUUAGAACUGGUAAUUGGACAGAUGCUAGUAUAGACAACUAUUUGGGAGAGCUUAAAAUGGCUCUUAUAGCCAAAAAAGCAAUUUUAAUAACAUGUGUAGUGGUUGGAGGACUUCUAUUAAUUGUGUUCUUUUUAUUCCUAUACAGAUACAUUGUUCUACGUAAGUUAAAUGCAGGUAAAAGUUUAAAGGAAAGUGUUAAACACGACGAAGAACAACAAGAAAUCUAACAGUAAUUGGUGUCCGAAAACUACAUUUGA